UCGGAGGAGGCGGCUCUGGGUCAAAGCUGGGGGCGGCAGCGCGGUGGUGGGGACGGCGAGCGAGUGGGGAGCGGACGAGAGGCCAGAGCCUCUUUUCAGUCCUGGGAGAAUCCAGUCGAGUCCCGGAUCGCAGGGAGUGUCACGAGAGGUGUGCGCUUCUUUGAGGAAAUGUGUUGUGCUUGACUCGGCCGAAAUGACGUCCAUCGAGGAGAAUCCCGCCAGCCCUCGAAGGGACACGCAAGAGGAGGAGGACUUCACCCACGCCUCCAAGAACAACCUGGCCAAUUGUGAUACCAACUUGCCCAACUCGCGCCUGAAACUACUGAAACGAGUGAAUCUCUUCCAAUUUUUAAGGGGAAGAAACUAUUUGUCGAACAGAACGUCUCCUAGCAUGCCGAAGUCCAAACCGAACUCGUCACCCAAAGAGGCUCAUGACUCGAAAGACACUCCCCUCAACUCUGAGUAUGAAAUUAUUUUCACACAUUGUUCAGGGUUUGGAAGAUCUAUCCAAAACCAGAUGGGAUUAAAGGACUCCCAAAUAAUAUUUGCAAUUGGUGCUGUAAUAAUUGGUCUUUUAAUAUGGGGUAUACUGUAUGGCGUGGUCCUUGAUGAGGUAGCCCCAGGAGGAGAUCUCUUUCAGAUUUUAGUUCUUGUAGUUAGUGCCUAUUUAGCUGGAAAGGUAGUAGGAAUGUGCCAUUUACCCCCUCUACUAGGUAUGCUUACAACAGGCAUCGCGAUGCGUUCUGUUGGUUUCUUUGAAAUCUCAGGGGUUUAUCCUGAUCUUGUCACUAAAUUGAGAGAGACAGCUUUGACAGUAAUAUUAAUCAAAGCUGGGCUCGGCCUUGAUGCCGUAGCAUUAAUGAAACUAAGCCUUGUUGUAUUACGCUUGGCCAUCCUACCCUGUAUAGCAGAAGCUGUGGCGGCAGCUGUAUUUUCAUAUUUUAUUUUAGACUAUCCUAUUCUAUGGGGGCUUCUUUUAGGGUUUAUGUUGAGUGCAGUCUCCCCUGCAGUGGUCGUACCGACUUUACUGAGUCUGAAAGAAAAAGGCUAUGGAGAAAAUAAGGGAAUUUCAACGCUUGUUAUUGCUGCAUCUAGUUUAGAUGACAUUGUUGCUAUUUCAGUGUUUGGUGUAUUCCUUAGCAUAAUAUUUUCUCCAGCGGGACAUCAAGAUGGGAAAAUGCUUGAACAGUUAUCUCAGGGACCAAUCGAGAUGUUACUGGGUUUAGUACUCGGCAUCUUCUGGGGUCUAGUUGCUGCUUUCAUUCCACACAAAGACGAUAAACAAGUCGUAACAAAACGGGUGUUGAUGAUCGGCUGUGGAGGACUGUGUGCAGUACUUGGAGGAGAGGUAAUUCACUACAGUGGCGCUGGUCCGUUAGCCUGUAUUGUUUCAGCUUUCACCGCAAGCCUUGCAUGGAAGAUACAAGGCUGGAGUACUCAUCAUCCCGUUGUUGAAGCGUUUGGAACCAUUUGGACAAUAAUUCAACCAAUGCUGUUCGGACUGAUUGGUGCUGAAGUUGAUGUCAAAUUACUGCACGCAGAUACUAUACUGAAAGGAAUCGCUGUCAUAUGCGGCGCUCUUGUCAUAAGAGUUAUUUGCUGUUGUGUCGUACUUCUUGGUAGCAAACUGAACUGGAAAGAAAUCAUAUUUGUAAACCUUGCUUGGCUUCCAAAAGCCACUGUCCAGGCUGCACUUGGGCCAGAUGCCCUUGAACUUGCAACCCGUGCCGAAGAAAAAGAUGAACAAGACAUACUGAGAGGUCACCAACUUCUUACUCUAGCAGUACUUUCUAUUUUAAUGACAGCUCCAGUAGGCGCCAUAGGGAUUUCAACGACAGGUCCUUACUUACUUUCAAACGUUUCAGUUGAACCUGAAGCUGAGGAAAAUAUUGAAAGUGCGGACACCGCAAUGCACAUGAGCGAAGGUACGCAGCUAAAGAGCGAAACGAAAGAAGAUGCCGCAUCUAAAGUAUGAAUGUAAAACACAAGGUUCGCCUGGGAGUGAAAAAAUGCCUUUUAACAGACUUUUAAGAGAGUAAUCGUGAGAGCGUAUUGCCAAGGUAGAACAGUUGGAACGUCUUGCAUUUCAAAACUCCCCCAUCCCAUGUGAUCAUUUGAUAGUUGUAGUAAAGAAGCUUUGUGCGAUGAAGACUUGCCUUUCACGGUGUUUAAUGGACGAAAACAAAAAUAUACUACUAAAUGGCAAUAGUAGUCUUAGGCUGUUUGAAUAAAUUUAUUAUUAUUAUUUUAAUGAACAUAAAAAUAGAAAGCAAUGAAUAUUAGAGUUAUAUAUAUAUUAUUGAACCUUUGGUUGUAAAUGGAAACCUAAAACUAAUUUUGUGAUUAAAAUGUUUAUUAAAAAAAAUAUUGCACAUGCAAUUAUAUAAAUUGACAAAAAAAGUUCAAUAAGAGUAUUUCCCCUUGUAGAUCGCUCAAAGAAAAAUAUAUAUAUUUAAAUUAGAGAUAAUACUUUUAAAUUUAUUUUUGUUUUUAACGUUUGCAAGUAUUCUUUGUUGGCAAUGAUAUUAUUUUUUUAAACAUAAUAUUUUAAAACUGUGUUAAAUAUUUAUCUUCAUAAAUUUAAUAAUUGUUUUUAAUUUUUAAAAUUGAAAUUAAAUGUAUUAUAACUGUUGACGAGUAAAAAUUUUACAGUAUAUUAUUGAAACAGUAUAGAUUUUUAAAAUAUAA